UCCCAGAGCAAGCCUCUGGCUGUGCUAUCUUGGCGCCUUCCACUGUCAGCUCCAACUUGCUUCCUCCGGGAGACUAAGAGAGAGUCUCCUUCCCAAGACGCCGCGGCAUCUCUGCCCCUUUUAGCAGCCGAGCUCCAGGACCGAGACGUAGAAAAAUAACCAAUGGCUCUCUUCCUGACUCUUUGGACAGUAUUUCUGUUGGCACUGAUGCAUUUUAGUACAUGUAAAAGUACAGGAUCAUCUGAUUAUUUAGUAUUUCCUACUGAAUCUCUUAAUGUUUUUAUCCGUUCUAAAGAACAAUGCUUGGAUAUAGAAUGGACUGUAAACCCGCAUGCUUAUACUUUGAAUUUAAAAAUGAUUUUCCAAAUAGAUAUCAGAAGAACUACAUUUUCCAACAUUGUUGAAAAGAAAAAUUAUGCCACAAUUUUGAUACCUAAUGAAACUCUGCAAUGGUGUUGGCAUUCAGCACUCCCUUUAGAAUGUACUUCCCAUUUUGUGAGAAUCAGAAGUAUGGUGGAUGAUGAAAGAUUCCCAGAGUUUAAGUUUUGGAGUUCCUGGAGCUCAUGGGUGAAAUCCGAAGGGAAGGAUUCCUCAGGCCAAUAUCACAUUUUUCCUGUUGAUAAAAUAUAUGUUGAAGAAGAUUCCAAUGUCACCUUUUGCUGCAUUUCCAGGACAGAUAAUGAGAAAGUAGACUUUUUAUAUGAAAGAAGAGAUAGUCAGAGAACAAAACUGAGCCCCCGUAUGACAAUGUUUGAAGUGAAUAAUGUUUCCUUUAUUAGGAGGGAAGGAUCAAAUGCCUACUGUAAGUUUAAUUCUGACAAUUCAAACAUUCGAGGAGUUGUCCUAUAUGUAGUAGGAUCAUCUGAUUAUUUAGUAUUUCCUACUGAAUCUCUUAAUGUUUUUAUCCGUUCUAAAGAACAAUGCUUGGAUAUAGAAUGGACUGUAAACCCGCAUGCUUAUACUUUGAAUUUAAAAAUGAUUUUCCAAAUAGAUAUCAGAAGAACUACAUUUUUCAACAUUGUUGAGAAGAAAAAUUAUACCACAAUUUUGAUACCUAACGAAACUCUGCAAUGGUGUUGGCAUUCAGCACUCCCUUUAGAAUGUACUUCCCAUUUUGUGAGAAUUAGAAGUAUGGUGGAUGAUGAAAGAUUCCCAGAGUUUAAGUUUUGGAGUUCCUGGAGCUCGUGGGUGAAAUCCGAAGGGAAGGAUUCCUCAGGCGAAUAUCACAUUUUUCCUGUUGAUAAAAUAUAUGUUGAAGAAGAUUCCAAUGUCACCUUUUGCUGCCUUUCCAGGACAGAUAAUGAGAAAGUAGACUUUUUAUAUGAAAGAAGAGAUAGUCAGAGAACAAAACUGAGCCCCCGUAUGACAAUGUUUGAAGUGAAUAAUGUUUCCUUUAUUAGGAGGCAAGGAACAAAUGCCUACUGUAUGUUUAAUUCUGACAAAUCAAAAGUUCAAGGAGUUGUACUAUAUAUAGUAGGAGUAAUAGAAGAGCCCAAGAAUUUUUCUUGUCAAACUCGGGAUUUACAGACCUUGGACUGUACAUGGGAUCCAGGAAGAGAUACAUUGUUGCAAGAGGAAAUUAUGCCAACCAACUACAAUUUAUUUGAAUGGUUUUCCCAGAAAAAAGUCAACUGUGUUCACAGAAAUUGGUGUACUUGGCAACUAACCUCUGAUAUACAGGACAUGUAUAACUUCACACUGACAGCAGAAAAUGAACUUAGAAAGAGAAGAGUGGACAUUCUCUUUAAUGUAACCCAACAAGUUCAACCAAAGCUUGUUGAUGAAAUAUCUAUUGAACAUUUAAGUGAAACAGAGGCAACACUGAAAUGGAAAAUUAUUCCCAAUCAAAAAAGACUCAGUUUUUUGUGUCAGAUUGAAAUCUAUCACAAUGGAAAAGUAAUACAGUACAAUACUUCCAACUCUCAAUUUACUUUAAGAGAACUACAACCUUAUACAGCAUAUUCAACUCGAGUACGUUGCUGCACUGCAAACCACUUUUGGAAAUGGAGUGAAUGGAAAAGCAAAAACUUCACCACAAAAGAAGAUGUGCCCUCAGGGGCUCUCGAUGUCUGGAGAAUUGUGGAACCAGUUUCAAUGGGAUAUAAUGUGAAAAUAUUCUGGAAGCCUCUACCAACAUUUCAAGCUAAUGGAAAAAUCCAAAAUUAUAGCAUAGUUAUGAAAACACUGGGAGAAGUGCAUAGGGAGAACAUUUUCUUUUCUGAAUCAGACAGUAACAGCACUGAAAAAAUUAUUGACCAACAAUCCUAUGAGAUUAGUGUUGUAGCCUUCAAUAGUAUUGGAUCUUCUACCCCUUCAGUCAUCGUGGUCUCUGGAGAUACUGAAAACAGUGCACAAAACAUAACAGAAGAGAGAGUUAAUGGCUCAAGAGAUGGAAUAUAUCUGUCUUGGAAACCUGACCCAGCAAAAGCUGAAGGCUAUGUUGUAGAUUGGUGUAACUAUCCCCAGGAUGCAGUCUGUGAUUUCCAGUGGAAAAAAUUCGGUUCCAAUACCACCAGUGCAAUCAUCAGAUCUGCUGCUUUUCAGCCUGGAGUGAGAUAUAACUUUAGAAUUUAUGGAUUGUCCACAAAACACGAAGCUUAUUUACUAGAGAAAAAAACAGGAUAUACUCAGGAGCUGGCACUUGAUUGCAAACCAGUUGUGACUGUUGGUAAUUUGACUUCUACGUCAUUGACCUUGAAUUGGAAGGAUAAUUGCAUUGAUGAACCCCAGUAUGGCUUCUUUGAUGGGUACCACAUUUAUAUGAAAUCUGAAGUGGGAGGGUCCUGUGACCAAGAGACAGAAAAGCAAAAUUUUUCAGAUAAUAUAAUAGUCUGUAAAUACACAGUUCCAGAUAUAAAACAAAAGACUUUCAAUGUAAAAAAAUUACAGCCAAAGUCAACAUACAACUUUGAAGUUAAAGCUUACACGGGCGGUGGAGACAGCCUCGGAAGUUUUAUAGAGGUCACAACCGGAACCCCUGAAAACACCAAUUUAAUAAUGACUAUACUAUUUCCAAUGGCCUUCUUUUCUCUGCUGCUCAUCAUCGGAUUGAACUUGAAAAUUCAGUGGGUGAAGGAGAAGUGCUUCCCUGCUAUUCCAGAUCCUUACAAGAGCAGUGUCUUGUCACUGAUGAAAUUCAAGGAAAAUAUUCACCAGGCCACACUGAACACCAGUGACUGUAUUCCUGAUGCCAUUGAAGUUGUGAACAAGCCAGAAAUAAGUAAAAUGCAGGGAUCGAGGACAUUACUUAUGGGGAAUGAGAUCACCAAACCUGCCUAUCUCUACCUCCUUCCAACAGGAAAAGAUGCCUUGGACUCUCAAACCUGCAUCUGUUUUGAGAACUUCACUUAUCGUCAAGAAGCAUCUGACUUUGAUUCUUCUAGACAAAUUCAGAUGAUACCCACUGACCCAACAAGGUCUGUGGGGCCUGCUGAGCAUUUACUAAAUGUAGAAAAGGACUACAUUGGAUCACUGGACAAUAUUCCUGCCGGAGAAGCCAGUUUGAAUUACGUAUCCCAGUUGGCUCCAACUGGGUCCACGUCUGGAGACAAAGACAGUACUUCAUCUAAUCUUGAAGCAGCACACUGCUCAGAAUAUAAAAUGCAAAUGGUGAUGUCCACAGGCUUGGCCCUGUCCCUUCUUCCAGAAGAUGACAGACCCAUCUCAGUUACCUCUUUAGAUCAGCUUGAAAAACCAUGCUAACCAGUGUACAAAUUUUAUAUCUUCAUGCUCCAUGAUAUUAAGAGUUUCAGAUUCUCAGUGCUUAUGGGCUGAAAGCAUGUUUGUUACUGAAAUCAUUGUUUAGUCAGGCACAGGGGCCUAGGACUGCAUGCAAAAGGACUCCAAAAGGGCCUUGGAUAUCCUGUUAGGCUUUUUGGCCAGAGGGACAUUUUCAACAUUCUUCUGCUUACCUUGGAAAAAAAGGCUGAACUUAGAAACAGUAUACAAGGGAGCUUAUUUACUAUGCUGUCUCUUCAUAUAAUAAAACUAAUUUUCAAAUAGGUA